ACGCUCAUAAGUGUGUGUAAAGAGCCACAUCACCCUGUACAUGUGUCCCAGUUACAACUGCUAUUAAGGUCUCUUUGUGAUUCAAAGACAAAAUUCGUCGGGUGAUCAUGCAUCCUUUAGUCAGGUCAGCAGUUUUUCAUGCCUAUUUGCUGGUGGUCAUAGGCAACUUGUCCCUGGAUACACUAGGUCAGGAUGCCACCCAAAUUGAAAGACAGAUCGUUGCCGGUAACACCAACUUCGCCCUAAAGCUGUACCAGAUUCUCAAGUCCGAUUCCGGUAACAUAUUUUUCAGUCCGUUCAGCAUCACAACUGCUUUAGGCAUGGUCCUUCUCGGCACUAAAGGUGGCACUAGAUCAGAGAUGAAAAGAGUGAUGGGUUACAGCAAUAUUCCUUCUAUUCAUCAAAAUUUUAAACGCCUCCGCACCAGAUUGACAAACCCAGGAAAAGAAUACCUCCUCCGUAUUGCCAAUCGGCUUUUUGGAAGAGAAGGAUUUUACUUCAAUCAAAAGUACAUUGAUGACAGUGGACGGUACUAUGAUGCUCCUCUAGAUCUACAGGACUUUAGCCAACCUUCCGACACAACCAGGUACAUCAACAAUUGGGUAGAACAGCAGACAAAUAACAAGAUCGUCGACUUCCUGCCAAAUAACUUCAUCGACCCCCAGCUCAUCUUAAUCAUGGUGAACGCCAUAUAUUUUAAGGGAACUUGGACCAGUAAGUUUGCGGAGUCGAGCACCCGUCCCCAACCGUUCUUCACAUCCAACCUGAACCAGGUGAACGUGCCAAUGAUGUUCCAAAAGCAGAAAUUCCCGUAUGGAAUCAGUCGCUCGCUGAAAUGCAAAAUUUUGGAACUACCUUACCAUGGUGACGCUAGUAUGGUCAUCUUCCUCCCGGACCAAAUUGAUGACCUUGGUCAUCUGGAAAGAUCACUGACCAGGGCAUCGGUUGUGGAUGACGCAUUGUCAACAAUGUGGAACCAGACAGUCAAUGUGUACCUACCUAAGUUUAAGCUGAGCGACAUGCGCUUAGAUCUGAAGCCCGUCCUUAUUCAAAUGGGAAUGUCAAAGAUGUUCAACCUAGGCGGCGCUGAUUUGUCGAGAAUUGGCGGGAAACCAGGAGAUCUGUUCGUCUCCAAGGCGAUCCACGAGGCUUUCGUUGACGUCAACGAAGAAGGAACCGAGGCGGCGGCUGCCACAGCUAUAGGCGUGGCUUUCAGGUCAAUGAUUUCAGUGACUCCCGUCUUUCGAGCUGACCGGCCUUUCGUCUUCCUGAUUCGCGAGAAGUCAUCGGGCACCGUUCUGUUUAUGGGCAGAGUUAUGAACCCUGUUGGCUAAAAAGCUUACUAUCAGAGGUACAAAACGGAACAAAUGAAAAACAUUCUUUCAUGUUGACUGAAAUAGAUUUCUUUGGCAUCUGAAAUUGAGCAAGAAAUAAAUUGACGUCAUGCAAAAUUAGACAAGAUUUGGAUUGAAUGCGUGAUAAAAGAUAUUACAUGUUUGUAAACUUGCUGCAUCAGUACAGAUGUAAUAAACCACACACAUAGAUAAUGUGUUCAGACUGAAAGGUUCUGCAUGGGAGAAAUUUUGGGAAGCGAAAUUCAUGCACAGAGGGGAUUUACGUUUCAAAACAUUUCACGUGAGAGGGACGUAAAAACAACCAGACAUCCGGUUUGUAUGGUUUCUCUUUUAAGCUAGAAUUGCAAAUUUAACACUCUCAUGUGAAAGACAAAAAAAUCAAUUCGCCGGUUGUUUACGUUUGAGCUAAUAUAAUUAGGUCGCAAAAAAACAGGCAAAGGAAAUUUUGGUCCGAAACAAUCCACGAAAUUAAUUUUGGUUGUGCUCCCUAUUACACUAUCCUAAUAAAGUUUAAGAAGCUUUAAUGGUGUAGACAAGCAUAUGUCACGUAUUGUACUACAUCACAUCUUGGCUAUUAAGCGACAUAUUUGCUUUAUUUAAAACAGGCAUUUCGCAUUCUGUUCCCUUAUUGCACACCAGUUGAGUUACUUUCCUGAAAUGAAAUCCUGUCCGACACGUCGGAACGUUAUGUAUUCUGGCAAUAUAUCAAAUAGGCUUCAUCAACGCUGUACUGGUAUCUUGUUAUUUAUUGCCAUUAUAUGAAAUCAAAAAUGAAUUUUCAGAUGUAAUGUAGUUUCCCGUUAUACAAGUUGCAUCCCAGGGCCUAUAGAAGAAGUAAUUAUCAAUAUAAUGAAUAUAAAUUUAGCGGUCACAUAUUGGCAAUGGUGCGACAUUAAGCAAUGAAUUCCGUUUACUUUCAACAGUUCAUGAUUCAUUUAUAUAAUUAUUGAUGUUUGUCAUAAAACUGAAGUGAAGAAGAAGUCGAAGAAGAGAUACUGAACUGAGACUGAACUAGUUACAGACUGUAUACGUGGUUAAGCAGCACUACUACCAAUGACUGUUUGGAAAUGGCAUAUUUCGACUCCUUCGUGUGGUGUUCCUUGUAAUGAUCCUUGUUGGCAGUUCGAGAGAAAGACUAAUCAAAAUAAGACGACCUUGCAACUUUCCCGUAAAAAUUAAUAGCGUUGCGUGACUUUAGGGCAGCCUGUGACCUCGAUACAUCAAUGAAAACAAAUU